AUGAAAGUAAAUCCGUCAUUACCUGGAAUGCCAUUAAGUUACUAUUCUAAUUUAUACAGAGUGAAUCAAAUACAGCCAGGGCCAAUGCCACUAAAGAAAGCUCUUGAUACAACAACACUUCCGUACACAGCACAUUCAGAUAAUUUCCCAAAAGAUUUUUUCUCAUCAAAAUUAUUAUCACACUUGUACAAUCAUUUCUAUCCGAAACUCACAGAGCCAAGUAAAUAUAUAAUUCAUCAUGUAGAUAGUGAUGAAAAAAAGGAUUUUUCACUAUUCAGCAUGCUUAAUCCAUUUGAAUGUGAUACUGAGGAAAGUGAUGAUGAAGAUGACGAUUAUAAUGGAUUCAUUGAUUCUGGAGAAUUAUUUGGGAAACGAAAAUAUCAAUACCUGAAGAAAAAGAAGAAAAAGAAGAUACUGAAAAAGAAGAAAAAGAAAAUAUUUUUAAAAUUUGCAAUAAUAUUUAUUGCGUUCCUUGCUUUGAAAACGCUGUAUGAGAAAUUUUAUUAUUUCUUUCCAACUAUUUUUCCAUCUACGGCUCGAGAGGAAUUACUGGAGCACAUGGAUGAUAUACUUCAAGAAGGUUUUGAUAGCGACAGAGGAAGCGAUUGGAAUAAAGUACAGCAAUUUGAAGAGCAAAAUCGAGCUUUAUUUGCACCAAAUUAUGAAGAAACUCGCAUAGAUGUUAGAAUUCCAAUCCAAAAGAGAAUCCUUACUGAUUCAUGA